AUGGGUGAUACAAUCAGUUCAUUGCUGUUUCAGCCUCCCCAACCAACCAAUCUAAAGGAAAAUAAGAUCAUAUGGCUUGAUACAGAGUUGGGAAAGAGGGUACCAGCCUUCUAUAUUCACUAUAAUGGAAACGGAGGAGAAGACACGGCAAGGUCGUUAACGACGGCGGAGUUAAGUCAGACGGACACAUCGCAAGGGAUAACAAUUCUGUAUUCACAUGCAAAUGCAGAAGAUCUGGGGGGUAUCUAUCCUUGGUGUAAAUUCCUGAGUAAGAUGCUCCGGGUCAAUCUUCUGGCCUAUGACUACACGGGAUAUGGAAUGGCGUUUGAUCAAGGAAAACCCUCGGAAGAAGACUGUUACGCGGAUGUUCAAGCAGCUUAUAAGUUUGUUAGGCAUAACCUGAAAGUACCAUCACAGAAUGUUGUGUUGUAUGGAAGGUCAUUAGGUGGUGGUCCGUCCUGUUUUAUGGCUGCUGGCACCUCACAAUCUGUCGACAAAACUCUAGGAGGCCCCGUCGGUGGAGUCAUCCUUCACGCUCCUUUUCUAUCUGUAUACCGCAUUGUGGUCGACACUGGCUGCACAGUAUAUGGUGACAAAUUCCCCAAUAUUGAUUACGUUCCACAAAUCAAAUCACCAGUAAUCCUUGUACACGGGACUGCUGAUCAAAUUGUUCCAUUCAAUCACUCGGAACGACUGUAUGAAGCAUUGCAGCCUAGUUCAAGGGCGCGUCCGCUGUAUAUUGAAGGAAUGGGUCACAACAAUGUUCAUUCUGUAGUCCGGCCGAUGUUCAUUGCACGCUUGAACGAUUUCCUUGACACGAAGGUCUGGCCUAAUAUCAAUGGUGCCGAGAAAGCAGUACCUUAUGGGGGCGAAUAUGGGGAAUCAAAAGAAGAGACAACACGGCGAAGACGAUAG